AUGCCUAAUAAUAUCAAUAAGCCAAACAUAGGAUAUUUGAAGAGUUCGAGAAAGCUCGGAAAAGAAAAAGGCCUCCCCCUGCAAGCGAUAAAAGGGCCAAAAUUACGUCUAAAUAUUUUGGAUAAAGACACUCGUUUUAAAAUUUCACGAAAUAAGGCCUCUUACUCAAGUCUUCCCAAUGAAACGCCUGAAGGAAAGAUUGUAGAGGAGAAGAAACAGUCUCUUGGCCAUGCUCUUGAGAAUUCAAUUAGGAGCAGACUUGGUAAACUCAAUGGGAAAGAUUUUCUAAACCAGCUUGAUCUUCUAAAAUAACGAUAAAAUUUUAUCAAGAUGUGAGAGACUGAAAAGACCAGCGAUUUUAGAUAGCAUUCAGCACCAAUUCAAGCAACAUGUUGGAGAUUAUAAUACCCGAAUUGAUACAUUAUUAGAAGACCUAGAUAGUAUGUCUACCCAACGUGUAAUCCACGACACUGAUCUGAUGAAAAUAAAGGAGGAAAGGAGUGCUAAAUCCAAGUCCAAGUAUAAAUAUGAGCUAAUGUUCCCUUUCCAAGACGAACGGAAAAAGAUAGAAAAAGAACUUGAGAAAACCCAUAAAAUCAGAAAAUACAAUUUUGAUUACAACAAAGCUCGGAAUUGUUUCACAAAAGAGAGUCUCCAAAUUGUAAAGGAAGUGACUCAAGAAGUAGUAGAAAAGAAUAAACAAAAGAGAUCGCAGAAAACCUGUAGUGAUUUUUUUAACCACAGAUGCCUCCACCAGGAUACUUUAACUACCAGAGUUAACACUAAGCCUAAGUCAAGGCGAGCGAACUCUCUUAAGGAUGUGAAGGAAAUCCCAGUGUUUAGGAAGAGAUAUAGGAUGAUUCCUAGCAAAUGGGAUAAAAAUUAUCUCGCAAAAAUAAGAAGGAAGCUGACUAAAAGCCAGAAUUACGAGAAAAAUAGGAUGAAAGAGAUGUUAAACAAGCGCCUUAAGAAGAAAAGUGUAGUAAAAUAG